CAUCAAGCCGAGGUGCCGACACCUGCCGGGUUCGAGGCGUCGGAUUCCCGACUGCUUCUCAAUUGCCAACUUCGCGACAGCAUCAUUGACCUUCUCUCUGCCCAAAACACAUUGGGGUACCUGCUUCUGCCGCCAGUUCACUUUCACACACGCAAACCACACAAAAUGAUUGCCCAACGGACAGGCACGACGGCUCUCCGCAGAGUCGCCGCCAACCCCAAUGCCGUCUUCACAUCCACCUUUGCCAAGGCUGCCCUGUCCCAAAUGCAAACGAGACAAGCCACCACCCAGAAAAUCUCCGCCACCGAAGCCCGCUCCAUCCUAGACGCCCAACGCCUCAACCGCCCCGUCUCCCCCCACCUCGAUAUCUAUGACAAGCAGCAGACCUUCUUCGGCGGCUCCAUCUGGCAGCGCUUCACCGGCUCCGGCCUUUCGGGCGGCCUCUACGUCUUCGGCGCCGCCUACCUCGCCGCCCCCCUCCUCGGCUGGCACCUCGAGUCCGCCUCCCUCGUCUCCGCGUUCGGUGCCCUCCCCAUUGCCGUCAAGUCCGGCGUCAAGUUCCUCGUCGCCUGGCCUUUUGCCUUCCACGCCUUCAACGGCGUCCGCCACCUCGCCCUCGACCUGGGCAUGUUCAUGAAGAGGCAGCAGAUUGUCAAGGGGGGGUGGUACAUCUGGGGCGCUUCGUUGGUCAGCGGGCUGUACUUGGCUUUCUUCCUUUAAAAUGUAUGUGAAUAGCGGGCAAAAGUUCUAUUUGGAAGGGAGGUCAAAUCAUGAAAACUGGGGGGGCAGUGAGGUGGGGGAAGAGACCAGGAAAAUACCAAGGGCAGGAUAGGGGGUGAGUGUGUGAGUAGGAGAAGGCAGAGCGGGGGAGUCAAGUUGCAGAAUGUGUAACACUGGCAAGGAGAGGGGGGAAGGUUAUAGACGGCCGAAGCCAGGACACCAUUUGUAUAGCCACAACAGAGCAUGUUUUUUGUCGCUGUUUGUGUAUUAU